AUGAGCAACCAACAAUCCCUCGUCGACUACCUAGUCGAACACGAGCCUAGCUUCAGGAAAGCCCGUCUCCCAGCCCUCUACUCUGACUUCACGACCCUCCGCACUCUCAACCCCGAUGGCUACCAGGCCAACAUCUCCGCCUGGCGUUCCGCCCUUGCACACCUCGCCCGCUCCGGCCUUGCGCCCGCCCCGAAGGGUUCAACCCCGAACCUCCUCAUCCUGAACUCCGAUGAAUCGCUCCUCCGCGCUCUAGAGUCCAAGAAAUACGGCCGCCCACUAGCCCUAGGGACAGUAAUUAGGGAUGCGCUCUCCGCCAAAGACCUCAUGCCACUGCACGACUUCCUCACCUCGCAAACAAGCAUAUACUACAAGCCCUGGCUGCCCUCACCCCUAGGAAUUGCCGGUGGCGUAGCCGGCUGGGCCCUCAAACAACUCGGCGUCACAGACUGGCUCCAAUCGCAUAGCAGCUUACCCAAGGGCCAAUUCGUGGUGAUCGCCAACGUCGAAGAAGCCGGCAAGCAAUUCGCCGCCACCACAGCUUCCGCCCUCACAGACUCGCGCUUCGCGCGCACCUGGUCCAAAGCGCACUUCUUGCAGACGUACAACGAACAAGUCCAGCUCGACCAAGGCAGCGAAGAAGCCCAAGCCAAACUUCUAACUGAAACCGACCUCGAUGUCUUGUUAACGUUCCUCUCCCGCGACAAAGACGUGAUUCUCUACGAUGGACAGAUUUUCAAGAUCAAGGCUCCCUCUGAUGACUCUUCUGCUCAACAACACGCCCAACAAAUAACAAAAGAAGACACAACCAUCGCCUCCAUCAAAGAACUCAUCUCCUCCCUCACGCACCAAACACACCUUCUAGCCGGGCGCAUAUCGGAACUAGACAGAACUGCCCGCAGCGCGGUCCAGAAUAAAAACCGCAUCGCUGCCUUGGCAGCUUUAAAGCAGAAGAAACUCGCCGAACAGACUUUGGAAGGACGAUAUGCUAGUCUGACGCAGUUAGAGGCAGUAGCGGCCAAGAUCCAGGAAGCGAGCGAUAGCGUGGCAAUGGUGAAGAUCAUGGAGACUAGUACCAAGGUACUGGAGAGUCUGAAUGAGCAAGUGGGAGGUGUGGAUCGUGUUGAGAACUUGACGAACAAGCUGCGCGACCAAAUGGCUGAGGUUGAUGAGGUUAAUACUAUCCUUGCUGAGGCGGGUAGUAGUCAGGUGGGAGUGGAUGAGGAGGAGAUUGAUGAUGAACUGGAAGAGAUGUUGGCUGAGGAGAUGGGCAAGAAGGAGAAGGAGAGGGAAGAGAAGGAGGAGGAGAGGGAAAGGGAACGAGAGCAGGAACGGGAGGCGGAGGAGUUGAGGAGGAGGUUGGAGGCUAUUGGGGGUGUGCCGGUUUCUGAACCGGGGAGGACACAGAAUGCGAGAGAAAAGGAGAUGGAGAGGUUGAUGAAGGGUAUGUCUAUUGACGAGGAGUGA